UCAUCAUAACCAUCACCACAAUCACUUUAAUGAAAAAAUUACUCUUUUAGGCCCAGUGUGUGAAAAUUUUCACCGUUGCUUUUAAACCACAACUGACUUACUACAAACAAACUAAAAGCAUUGAACAAUGUUAAAAAGCAUGAAAUUCCUACCUUUUUACCCGUUUUUCAUUCAAAAAUAACCCGGCAAAGACACAGCGUCGUUCCACAACAUAAACGGUUUUUUAAAUGACUAAAAUGGCGACUGCAUCAUCUUGAAUGUAAUCUACUUUACCGACCUGUCACAAAAAAAGUGACAGACACAGGAAAGGUUAUCUUUUACAAAAUGCCCCCAUGUUCGGCCAAAUGUGGCAAAAACGCAAUACUCAAGAGACCAAAAACCGGUGACACGUUGUGUAAGGAAUGUUUUUUCGAAGCGUUUGAAAAUGAGAUUCAUUUCACAAUUACGAGGGCAAAAUUGUUCAAGCCGGGGAGUAAAGUCGCAAUUGCGGCUUCCGGUGGUAAAGACUCCACAGUUUUGGCUUAUGUCAUGAAGUUACUUAAUGAAAAGUAUGAUUAUAAGCUGGAUUUAGUGCUUUUAUCAAUUGAUGAGGGUAUAACAGGGUACAGAGACGAUAGUUUAGAUACUGUGAAACAAAAUCGGGACGAUUAUAAAAUGCCUUUGAAAAUACUGUCAUAUAAAGAUUUGUAUGGGUGGACUAUGGACGAAAUUGUGGCCGAGAUUGGGAGGAAAAAUAAUUGCACUUUCUGUGGAGUAUUCAGACGUCAGGCUUUAGACAGAGGGGCAACUCUACUAAAUGUUGAUUAUUUAGCAACAGGUCAUAAUGCUGAUGAUAUUGCAGAGACUGUACUAAUGAAUAUUUUAAGGGGCGAUCUGGCACGACUCAGCCGUUGUACUUCCAUUAUUACGGACAGUGGCGAUGGGAUACCACGCGUUAAACCCCUCAAAUAUACCUAUGAAAAAGAAAUCGUAAUGGGACACGCACGAGUGUUGCUCAAAGACUUAGAAAAAAUUGAUCCUGCUGUUAUUAUGAAUAUUAUCCAAUCAGGGGAAUCCCUCAAAAUCAACGAAAAUGCAAAUAUGCCAACUUUGAAGAAAUGUACCAGGUGUGGAUAUGUAUCAUCACAGGACGUGUGCAAAGCUUGCGUCCUUUUGGAAGGACUCAAUAAAGGAUUACCGAAAUUAGGAAUAGGAAAAUCGAGUAAAGUUAAACGACAUAUACAAGAAAACAGUCCGUGUUGUAAAACGCAGAGUUGCUUAUGUAACAAUAAAUAACUUUUCUCGAUGUUACGCAACAUA